GCGGUGCUGAAGGCAGGCUGUCUCCUCUCCAAUGUGCCGCCAGCUCGCACUCUCUCCUCUUACUGAGCGUCCGAAUUAAACAAGGACCUCCGCGGUCUACUUGAUCCAUGUCCGCUGUCCUCGCACAGACAAUUCAACGCGGAAGUCAAGCAGCGAAGCGUUAAGGAUUCAACUUUGCUUUUUGGUUUUAAACGCCCGAUCGUCUCGACUUGCUUUUUUUUUUUUUUCGGUGCGUUUUCCUCUUUCUCCUUCUUCUCCGACACAAGGACGUUAUUCUGCCGCUCGGCGACCUCCACUUUGGGAACAUUUGAAGAGCAUGAGAGUGUCUUGCACGGCGAAGAGCAUGUUGGCGCUUUGGCUUCUUGCAGCUGCCGUGACCACGACCCACGGACGAGGUCCAAAUGAAAAUGAUGGCAUCAGGAGGGCGACUUUAGAUAUAAACAACGAUCACAUUACACACCCAUCAACAGAAGACACAGAAGGUGAUGUCCCUUGGGCCACCACUGCAUCACCGAUUAACAGCCCGGACCACCAUCCAGUCCUUAAGGGUUUGAUGCUUCAUGAGCACCUUCUCUUACGGGACUUUCAGGGUGACCAGCACUUUUUUCGAAACGAUGGCUCUGUGGUGGCGUAUCCCACCAUGCCAAGCUCUGCCUCAGAUUCAGUGCAGCCAGUCACUCAAACAAUUCCCCAUGAGGAUGCUCCAGCUUUCUCAGACAUCGCCUCGACGGCUACAGUGGCUGCCACAUCAUCACUUACCACAUUCUCCUCAACAACACCCAAACCUCUGAUGUCUCUUCUCCAGAAGUCCUCCCUCACCACACAAGUAACACCAAAUAAUGACAAGACACCAGAGUCUUCUUUUACAUUGCAGAGAGAUCAACCCAAACCUUGGAGCGCUAUAAGCGGAGAUGCAAAUAUUGCACCCUCCACAAUGAGAAUGGAGAAAGAGCAGUCAAAGGAAACAACUCCAAAAGACAAACCCAGUCCCAAACCGCCAUUCCCAAACCUAACAUCCCAAACAGAGGGUGGUGCCACAACGUCAACUUCUCUAAUCACGACUACGACAAUAACCACCAUGCAAACAUCUGAGCCGUGCAGCCUAAAUUUCACUGACCCUGAGGGCAACAUUGAAAUCCUGCAGCAGCUUGACGCCACAAUGGAGUGCAACUACUUGAUUACGGUCUACCUGGGGUAUGGCAUCGAGGUUCAGGUCCUGAAUGCAAGUAUGUCAGAAGGGGAGCAAGUGACAGUGGAGGACACAGGUGGCCGAGAAGCUUUCGCCCUUGCUAAUGAGACGGUCCUAAUACGUGGACUCGUAUUACGUAGUCGGAGCAACCAGAUCUCUAUCCGUUUUCGUAGCGACCAACAGCGUAACUCCGGAGUCCUCCAGCUUCAUUACCAAGCCUUUGUGCUGAGCUGUGUGUUUCCCAAAGAGCCUUCUGGGGGAGAAGUUUCCGUGACGCACCUCUACGCUGGCGGAGAAGCUUACUUCAACUGCUUCACUGGCUACAGGUUGAGAGGUCCCAAAACGCUCACCUGCCGCAACGCCACCACACCUUACUGGAGUGGAAAGGAGCCCCAGUGUGUGGCGUCCUGUGGGGGAAUGAUAAAAAAUGUCACCUAUGGCCGCAUUGUCUCGCCUGGAUUUCCUGGCAACUACAGCAACAACCUGACAUGCCACUGGGUCCUGGAGGCCCCCGAGGACCACCGGAUACAUAUUCACUUUGAGAAAGUGGCGCUGGCAGAGGAUGACGACAGGCUGCUGAUUAAGAAUGGCAACCAUAUCGACUCCCCGCCUGUGUAUGACUCCUAUGAAGUGGAGUAUUUGCCCAUCGAGGGGGUGCUGAGCACAGGACGAUAUCUGUUUGUGGAGUUUACAACAGACGGCACGCUGACCUCCACCGGUGCCGCCAUCAGAUAUGAAGCUUUUGCAAAAGGAACGUGCUACCAGCCUUUUGUGAAGUACGGCAAUUUCAGCAGCAGUGACUCAACCUAUAGUGUGGGUGCUGUGGUGGAGUUCUCGUGCGACCCGGGUUACACGAUGGAGCAAGGCUGUGUUGUCAUCGAGUGUGUGGACGCUGAAAACGCUCAGUGGAACGAGACCGAGCCGGCCUGCAGGGCUGUUUGCAGCGGGGAGAUCACAGACUCUGCCGGUGUGGUGUUGUCUCCUAACUGGCCGGAGGCCUACGACAAGGGCCAGGACUGCAUCUGGGGCGUCCAUGUGGAAGAGGACAAGAGGAUCAUGCUCGAUAUCCAAGUACUUAACCUGGGUAAAAAUGACCUCCUGACAUUCUACGACGGUGAUGACCUGUCCGCCAACAUUCUUGGUCAAUACAGCGGCAAACGUCCUCACUUCAAGCUCUACACGUCCAUGGCUGAUGUCACCGUUCAGUUUCAGUCAGAUCCUGCUACAAACAUCUAUGGUUACAACAAUGGCUUUGUGGUGCACUUCUUUGAGGUCCCAAGGAACGACACUUGCUCCGAGUUGCCAGAGAUCACCAAUGGCUGGAAGAGCACGUCCCAUCCUGACCUCAUCCAUGGCACCGUUGUCACCUACCAGUGCUACCCUGGAUAUGAAUUGGUGGGCUCUGAGAUUCUCAUGUGCCAAUGGGAUCUCAGUUGGAGCGGGGACGUGCCGAAAUGUCAGCAAGUGACGACAUGUCAGGACCCUGGAAAUGUGGAGCACAGUCGGCGGGUGAUCACGGGCAGCCGCUUUGCCGUUGGAUCAUCUGUGCAGUUUGUCUGUAACAAAGGCUACACAUUGUCAGGCAGCAACAAUGUCCUUACUUGCUACAACAGAGAUUCAGCCAAACCCAAGUGGAGCGAUCGUCUGCCCAAGUGUGUUCCUGAAAAGUACGAGCCAUGCAGGAAUCCCGGUGCUCCGUCCACCAGUGCACAAAGUUCCGAAAAGGCUUUCUACCAAGCAGGCGAGACCCUGACCUUCGCCUGCCACCCGGGCUACGAUCUUCAGGGCGGUGCCACCAUCUACUGCAUCCCUGGACAUCCGUCACAGUGGAACAGCACACCACCUGCUUGUCGAGCCUCCUCCAGUCAAUAUGUGAACGAACGCAGGUUGGACGUUGUCAAUACCGAUUAUGGUAUUGAGGGAACCAAUAUCGCCCUCGCCGUCUUCAUUCCAACUGCAAUCAUUUUGGUGGUUGUCCUUGGGAUUUAUGUCUGUGCUGCGAAAUAUCAAGGGAAGUCUAUCAGCAUGCCGACAGCCUCGCCACCGUAUGACAACAUGGCGGAGGAGUCGGCCUUCGAUAACCCAGUUUAUGACAGAGGAGUAAGUACGGAUGUGAUGAGCAUGCAAGAUGUGGACUCACAAAACACCAGCGUGCUGUCCUGAUCCUCUCCCCUUGUCUGAGGGGGCCAUCUUGUCUCCAUCUCAUGAUUCGCCAGAAGAGGGCACUCACAACUCAUCUUCCCAUCACCCAAAGCAAUGCAAGUGAUACUUGCAUUACUACGUCACUGCUGCACAAUAUAUAAGUGAGGACACCAUUGCAGGGUCAAAAGGGGAACUUCACUUUUUGGGGGUUUUUGCCCAUCAUUCACAAUCCUUAUGUAAAACAAGAACACAUAUGUUUUUCUUUUUUUAUGCAUUCUAAAUAUUAAAUAAACGCGAUCAAAAGUAUGUUUACAAUGGAGCCUAUGGGAGUCGCUCUAUUCUGCACUUAAAAGACAUCCUUACACCUACAUUAAGGGUUUGCAUACACGAUGUAAGUAUAUACUGUAUGUAAUGUAAUAAGAACAUUUAAUGUUGCUCAUUUUCUUUUCAUUUCAUUUAUUUUUUUAUUUCAGGCAAUGACAUAAAAAAGUACAAAGUUGACAACACAUAAGGUGAUUGUCCAGUUUUGCCUGAAAGGGAGUGGGAAGAAGAUAAUUUAUUUAAUCCCACCCCCAGUUCUCCAUUCAGUGAUUAUUCACAUGAGUUUCACUCUUACUUUGUUCAAGGAUUAUAAUACAGAUGUUGUAUCAUAGUGGCAUUACCACAGGUAACAAUAAUUAUUACACUGUAACAAUCAUUUGUAUCAACAAUGUAGGAAUAAUGAAUAUACCAACAAUGGUAAUAGACAACAUAGCAAUAAUGGUAAGGAAACAUUGAGCACAUGUUAACACUUUGAGACAGAGUACAACAGCAGGUCAAAUUAAAUUUUAAGCAUAUGCGGCACAUUAAUUUAAAAAACGCACGUUCGCUUUUUUUCCAACAACUACUUGCUGCAGACAGAGAGGGCGGGAGCACAUUACACCAGUUUUAAAGUUGCUCCCUUUCCACGUCAAGGUCUGUUUUAAAGUUAAAUGAUCAGUUUUCAAAUGUUUUAAUGGACUUGCGCCUUCUUAUCUAUCUGGCCUACUUUUACCGUGUCAACUCUCGCAGAUCCUGAGAUCCUGUGGCACUGGCUUUUUAGCUUUACCAAAUACCAGAACUAAGACCCAUGGUGGGGCGGCAUUUUAAAAAAGAUGGCUCUGGGAGCCAGAGAGCCUCAGGACUGCAGAAACAGUUGAAAUAUUAUUUUUUUUAAAUGACUAAAGACACACCUUUUUAAUCAGGCUUUUUACUGAUCAUGUUAAACUCUUGUGUUUUUUUUUUAAUUUAUAGUGUUGUUUUCUAUCUUAUUUAAUAAUAUUAUCACUAUUAUUCUCUCAAUGUUAUUCUCUCAAUGUCUCUCAAACAUAUUAAUGUAAUAUUUAUAUCACAUUUAUAGCAAAUUCAACUUCACGGCAAAAGCUACUUCAUAAAUAGAUAUACAUUACUGCUAUCUAAUGCUUGGAAUUGCAACUGCAAAGUCUAUUAUAUUAUACUUGCAAAUGAGACUCAGAAAUGUAAUAAGGAAACAAGAUAUAACAAGUGGACAGCAGAGUUAUCAUCAUCAGCUCAUUUUUAAAUGUUACAUUAAGACAAUUAUUGUUAUUAGCAAACUAUUUACAUUUAUUAACACACACAAAAGUACUGAAAAAUGGUAUCGUUGAGUACCAGUAUGAUUCCCAGGUACCCUAUCCCAUCCCUAGUCUUGAAUGUAUAAUUGUAAUGUAAUAUAUUUUAAUAUAAUAUUUGUUGAAUUAAGACUAAGUGGUCCAGUCAUCCCCAUGAUGUAUUUAAUUAGGAGAGGUUUUUUACACCAAUGUUUUGCCAUUUAGUGAAAGUUAAACAUUUUUAUUACACUUCUCAUUUUUAACAUCACUCAUUUGGAAUGUUUCACUUCCAUUUGUCUGUUUUAUGCCAUCGCAACAGAUUGUAUUUUGUGUACAAGUGUGGAUACAUACUGAUCAUAUUCAUAUUACAGCCAUCAGAGUGUAUAGAAAAUAUUUGUUCUGGUUGUGUGUUUUGGUUUUAACAUCAAAUGUCCUCUACUAUCCUCCCUCCUUUUCCUUCAGCACUGGCAGACACAUUCUAGAUACUAAACCCUGUCAGUAUGUUCAUUUUGGCGCCGCUUCAUAACGACUAUGAGGUGAGCCUGUUGCUGAGAGCGCAUCUCACACACUUUCACCUGAGCCUCCAGAAUAAUCCUUUGAUUACUUGGUCACACCCAUUUAUGCGCCGUGGUGGUGAAUAAUGUACUUAUGUAUGCGAAGGUUAAUUAUAUUGGUGACAUCAUGUCUCCCUUAAGCGAAACACAUCAUCAUGAAUCGUGCACAUAACAUUAUUGGAAAUUAGCACGUGUUUAACAUUAAAGGUUGCUUUUUUACAAACUACUACUUAGAAAAUACACACAACAUUAUAUGGUAUCAGAAAAAUGCAGCCAGAACAAUAUAAUUUUGCAGUCAACUGCCAAUAUACUAACGUAAUUGCAGCACGGUGUUAUGUAAUACUGGCACUUCACUAGUAUGUACUAAAAGCAAAGUUUUACACACAUAAGGCCUGAUCUAGUAAAGCUGUUAUAAUGGAUCUAGGAGAUCUAUUGUGAUAAUUUAUCACCUAUAUGAAAAAAUAAAAAAUUAUUAAAAAAAAAAGACAUCAGACACUAAAACAAAUCAAUUGAAUUUGUUUUAAACCAGUCCGUUAAAUCUUCCACCAAAUAUAAAAUUACAAAAUGGUAUCGCUCAAUAGAAGAUAUGUUCAAAUAUAUUAACAUGCACACAGAUGGAACACUCUCUGUUCAUUGUCUGUAUUUUUUAUGCAGUUAUUUUUGCUGUAUUUAUCUGACACAUGUGAAAGGGUGGUCCGUGAAAAUAAUGUCUCCAUUAAACCAGUCGCUAGUGCAAAAAAGUUUGGGGACCUGUGGUCUGGAUCAUAUAUAUUGGCUACGCUUUGAGGUAAAUGUUGUGUAAACGUUGCUCUACAGUCACUUUUAUAACCCACUUUCUAUGUCCGUGUGUCGAGGCAUUCUUUUCAGAUUGCAAAUGAAACCACACCUAACCCGCUCAAAAAGUAUCAGAAUUUAUGUUUUGAAAAUGUACACUGUGUCACUGAUUAUUUUUUUUGCAUUUUUUUUAUCAUAAACAUUAUUAUAGAUUCAUCCGGUCACAACAUUAGAUACACCUGCCUAUAUUUGGAUGGCAAAGAAAAGCAUAAAUGCAUAAAAAAGCUGAAUGUAUGUACGGUAUUUGGAGGCUGCACAUAUACAGCGUGUAUGUUUUAAAAAUGCCAUCAGCUGCCCUUUGACUGAUUUGUGUGUCUGAUCUUUACAGGACUAAUGAAAAAAAGAUUAAGGUGUCAAUUUAGAGACCUUGAAUUGCUCAAGCUUUGCCUCGGGAUCUUCCUCUGCACUGCUCAUCUUUUCCUUUCAAGUAUUCUGUAAAUAUGUCUUUCCAAGGUCAACUCUAUGAAUUUGUGGAUCACCAAGGUGAUAUUUUUAUAAACUAAAUUGCUGAUGACCGAAGGUGAUUACAUAAAUUCUCUGUAUUUUUGAUGCCCCAACUCAGUCUCUGUUAGACCUUAAGGGGAAAGGGGCUUUGUUGAAACCCAUUCCCAUUCCCAGUCACAUCGUUCCACUUUAAUCAUUGAUUUGCCACAUACUGUAUUUUGUUUGUGUGUAUGAAUCUGCUUUUUGUAAAUAAACUGCCUGUCCAAUA